GCAGCGCGCCGCCGCCGAGCCGCGCCAGAGCCGCUCUCGAGGGAGGGCUGCGCGCACACAGCAGAGCGGGGCUCAGUGCGAGGAGCAGCCAUCAGCCAUGGCAGGCGGCAGCGUGCGGCUGCUACUGCUCGCCCUUCUGGCGGCCGCGGCGUUCCCCGGCGCCCGCGCCGCUAAGAAGGCAUCCGCGCCCAGCAAGGACGCUGAAGCGGCCGCCGUCAUCGAGGAGGUCACGGCCAAGCAGCUUGAGCGCAUCCUCAACGAGAAGGACUUUGUGGCAGUGUUCUGGUACGCACGGAGCUGCCUGACGUGUGAUAAGGUGCUGGAGGAGCUCGAAAAGAUCGAUGACGACACCGACACCUUCGGCGUGGACUUCGUCAAAAUAAACGACAAGCGACUCGCCAAGCAGUAUGGCAUCAAGAACUUCCCCGCACUCACUUAUUUCAGGGAGAAGGAGCCCAUCAUCUACGAAGGGGACCUGAUGGACGAGGAGAAUGUUCUGGACUUCCUUACGAGCCUGGAAGCCAUGGACCUUCCCGAUCGCAUCGAGGAAGUAAACGCUCGCAUACUCGAAAAAAUCGUUCAGGACACCGAAUAUGUGGCCGUAUUAUUCUGUCCUGACGCGAAGACUUGUCCUACCACGGGGUCCAACAGGCCCGAGUGCAGAAAGUGCGCCAAGGCGCUUUUGGAGCUGGAGAAUAUCGACGACGAAGCCGACCAGCUGGGCAUCGGGUUCGUCAAGAUAGCCGACGAGAGCCUCGCUGAAGAAUACAACCUCGGGAGCCUCCCUGCAUUGGUCUACUACCGCAACCAGAUCCCAAUCAUCUAUGAGGGUGACCUAACAAAAGAAGAAGAUGUGCUGGAAUGGCUUGUGCAAAAUAAAUCUACAGGCGAUGAAGAAGAUGUCAUUGAGGAUGUCACCUCCAAAACACUGGAGACACUUAUUUCUUCCAUAGAUAACCUGGUCGUCCUCUUCUAUGACAAUGAUGAUGAGGAAUCGAUGCAGGUUCUAACAGAUCUGGAAACCAUUGAUGAUGACUGUGAUCGACAUGGUAUACAGUUUGUGAAAAUUGAUGAUGAUACAGCUGCUAAAGAAUUUGGCAUAGAUGACGUUCCUGCAAUUGUUUACUUUGAGAAGGGAAUUCCAAAUGUUUAUGACGGGAAUCUUGAAAAUGAGGACGAAAUCUUAGAAUGGCUGGUAGAUCAGUUAGAAAAAGAUGAGAUAGAGGACGUCACUGAUGAGAUGCUUGACAGGCUCAUAAAGGAUGGAAAAACAGUAGCAGUUCUUUUCUAUGACAACAAUGAUAGAAAAUCACAGCGUGCCUUGAAUGAAUUAGAAAAUAUAGAUGAUGAAUGUGACCAGCUAGGGAUCGUGUUUGUUAAGAUUGAUGACCCAGAAGAAGCGAAAGAGUAUGGGGUUGAGAAGAUUCCAGCGCUCAUCUAUUUUGAGGGUGGAAUUCCAACUUAUUAUGAAGGAAAUCUGGAGGAAGAGGAGAAAGUUUUAUCCUGGCUUGAGCACCAGAUCAAAACAGAUGAGAUUGAAGAUGUAACAGAUGAGAUGCUAGACAUGAUAAUUGGCAAGAUGACCCAUGUUGCAGUCCUGUUUUAUGAUAAGGAUCAAAAGAAAAGCCAGAAAGUAUUGCAAGAGUUGGAGAAUAUUGAUGAUGAAUGUGAUCAAAACAAUAUUGCAUUUGUGAAAAUUGAUAAUGAUGAAGAAGCAAAGGAAUACGGCAUAGAUACGCUUCCCACAAUUGUCUUUUUUGAAAAGGGAAUUCCACAUGUUUAUGAAGGUGAUCUCACACGCGAAGAGGAACUUCUUGGAUGGUUGUUGCACCAAAAAAGGCAUCAUGAAAUUCCUGAAAUCACAGAUGAAAUGUUGGAAAUUCUUAUUGAGAAAAGGCCAUAUCUUGCAGUUCUGUUUUAUGACAAAGAUGACAAGCAGGAUAUCAGAAUCCUCAAUGAACUGGAGAAUAUUGAUGAUGAUCUUGACAGAGAAGGAAUUGUGAUUGUGCGUAUUGACAAUGAUGCUGAAGCAAAGGAAUAUGGCAUUGAUCACUUGCCAACUCUUGUGUACUUUGAAGACAAAAUACCUGCGCUGUAUGAAGGAGAUCUCUUGAAUGAAGAAGAGGUUUUGGCCUGGCUAAUUGAGCAAAAGAAUACAGCCACAAUUGAGGAAGUUACUGAUGAAAUAUUGACUGAUCUCAUUGAAGAGCACGAAUAUGUCGUAGUUUACUUUAGUGGUAAAUGUGAAGAAGGAGAAGAAUGUGAUAACAUACUGGAUGAGUUGGAAAAUAUUGAUGAUGAACUGGAUGAAGCUGGUAUUAUAUUUGUCACAACUGAGGAUCUUAGCAUUGCAAAGAAAAAUGGAAUUAAGACAUUCCCUAGCCUUGUCUUUUUCCGUAAUAAGGACCCUAUGAUUUACAAAGGUGAUCUGGAUGAUGAAGAUGAAGUUCUUGCAUGGCUUACUGAUGAGGACACACUUGAAAUACCUGGGCGCAUUGAAGAAGUUAAUACCCGUAUGCUUGAGAAAAUCCUCCAAGAUAAUCAGAAUGUUGUUGUAUUUUUCUAUCAGGAAGGAGACAAGAAAAGUCAAAAAAUCAUAAGUGAAUUGGAAAACAUUGAUGAUGAAUGUGAAGAAAAGGACAUUUCAUUCGUAAAAACGUCUGAUGAAGGCAUACAGAAAGAAUACGAUCUUCCAACUCUUCCAUGUCUUGCUUUUUACCGCAACAGAUUCAGACAGAUUUAUACAGGUGAUCUAAUGCAUGAGGAAGCCAUAUUGGAUUGGGUGCUGGAACUUCAUGAGUCAACACCGGAUGUUAUAGAAAGUGUUGACAGGAAGACCUUACAGAUGUUAAUAAAUGAUGUUGAACAUCUUGCUGUUUUCUUCUAUGAUGACAACUGUGAAAAAUGUGAUGAAAUUCUUGAAGAACUUGAAACAAUAGAUGAUGAUACUGACAAACAUGGCAUCCAGUUUGUGAAAUCUAAGGAUUCAAAGUUGGCAUCUGAGAUUGGAAUUUUCAGCUUUCCUGCCCUUGUGUAUUAUGAAACUGGUGUCCCCAUUAUGUACAACGGUAAUUUACUCGACGAAACUGAUGUGCUGGAUUGGAUGCUAGAUCAAAAAAAUGAUGAAAGUAUUGAGGAAGUGAACCGUGACAAGUUGUUCAAGUACAUUGAAACAAAGGAGUUCCUUGCAGUGAUUUUUUAUACUGAGGACAACCCAAUAUCUCCAAGAGUUCUGCGCCAUAUGGAAUUAAUUGAUGAUGAAGCUGCUGAAUACGGAAUCAAAAUAGUAAAGUGUAAAGACCGUUUGAUGGCGAAGAAAUAUGGUUAUCGAAACCCACCUGGUAUAACAUACUUCCGCAAGGGAAAGUAUAUAAACUAUGAUGGUGACAUAGAUGAUGAUGAAGAAGUACUGGACUGGCUAACUAAUCCUGAAAAUAUGGAACUGACUGAUCACAUUGAAAGGGUUAACAGAAAGAUGUUUCAGAAAAUAAGGCAAACGUCUGACUAUGUGGCAGUAUUCUUUUACAGUAAUGACUGCAAGCAGUGUGACCGAGUUCUGGUAGAAAUUGAACAUAUUGAUGAUGAGGCAGAUGGAGCAGGUAUAAAUUUUGUGAAGAUAGAUGACAAGCAGAUGGCAAAAGAAUAUGGUGUGUUUGCACUGCCUGGUGUUGUGUUCUUUAAGAUGACUUCAAAGGAACCUGUAAUAUAUGCAGGUGAUCUUUAUAAUGAAGAGCAGCUCUUAAAUUGGCUACUCACACAAAAAGACCCUUCAGGAGAAGUAAUUGAAGCAGUUGAAGGGGAAGAACUUCAGAAACUUAUAAAAGAAUCUGACUCACUUGCUGUCUACUUCUGGAACCAGACACUGUGUGAACUUUGCAAUACGAAGCUAUAUCGCAAACUGCGACAAAAGAAAGAAACCAAUCAUCAUGCUGAACAUCAAGGGGGUAUCGAAGGGGCAGAAGGAAGUCAUACUGGGCCUGAGACAACCUCUGAUGACAGUGUUGAUGAGUGUGACCAAUGUAAAAUAAUCCUUGAAGAGCUAGAGAAUAUUGAUGAUGACUGUGAUCGGCAUGGUAUUACAUUCAUUAAAACUCAGGAUGCUACUGUAGCAGAAGAGUAUGGCGUAUCAGAUUUUCCUUCCUUGGUCUAUUUUGAGCGUGCAAUACCAAAUGUUUUUGAAGGUGAUUUAGCAGAGGAAGAAGAAGUUCUUCAGUGGCUUAUUACGCAGAAGACUGAAGACCGUAUUGAACUUAUAACAAGAGUGAUGCUGGAAGAAAUGGUUGAAAAAACUCAGUAUUUAGCAGUUUAUUUUUAUAAGGCAAGCUGUCACAUCUGUGAUGAGAUAAUAGAGGGCCUGGAACACAUAGAUGAUGAAUGUGAUGUCUUUGGCAUACAUAUGGUCAAAAUUCUAGAUCCACAACUAGCCAAGAGGUAUUCAAUAAAAACUUUUCCAGCACUGGUGUAUUUCAGAAAUGGAAACCCUUUACUUUUUGAAGGUGAUCUGCAAAAUGAAGAGUCAGUCCUCGAGUGGCUGAUAGAUGAUGACAACCGAGAACUAGCUGAUGAAAUUGAAGCUGUUAAUGUUCGCAUGCUAGAACGAUUACUGGAAGAAUCUCAUCUUCUGGCUGUAUUCUUCUAUGAUGAGGACUGCCCAGAAUGUGAUGAAAUUCUUGAAGCUCUGGAGCAGAUUGAUGGUGAAGCAGAUCAGUUUGGAAUUGACAUGGUAAAAAUAAAUGAUCCAAAAGCACUCAGACAGUAUAACAUUGUCAACUCUCCAUCACUUGUCUACUUUAGAAAGAAAAUUCCUCUUCUUUAUGAUGGGGACCUGCAUGAUGAAGAAAAAGUUCUUGCGUGGCUUACAUCACAAGACAUUUUUGAAAUAAAAAAUGAAAUUGAAGAAGUAAACCGAAAGAUGUUAGAUAAACUGCUGGAUGAAAAUGAGUUUCUAGCUGUAUACUUCUAUGAGAAAGAUUCACCAGAGUCAAUGACUGUUCUGGAAGAACUGGAGAACAUUGAUAGUGAAACUGAUAAUUUAGAUAUAACUUUUGUGAAGAUGGCAGAUCCACGAUAUGCUCGGAAGUGGGGUGUUACCAAAUUGCCAGCAAUUGUGUACUUCCGUAAACGGUUUCCCAGCAUUUACAGAGGUGAUCUUUCAACUGGUGAUGAGGUCCUUGAAUGGCUUCGAAAGAAUCGUUUCCGCCAACCAGAAUUGAACCUUUUCAUGUAUGCUGUUAUUGCUAUUACUGUCACUUUUUUUAUCUACACUGCCUGGCUAGUAUCAUGCUUCAAGCCCCAUGUGAAGCAGGCGUGAAAGCACAUGAUACUAGAAUUUUUUUCUAAGACCAAGAUGCUGUAAAUCAGCACAGUUCAUGUGGUGACCAUCCACAGUACAGAAACUGAUGCAGUGACUGUGCUGUAAUUAUAAUUUGUAGUUUUACUUACUAUUAAAUCCCAGUGCAUCACUGUGAUGUCUUUUUAUAAUCUUGUUUGAAGCUGAAGAACAGCCACUGAAAAUGCAGAGAAAGAAGUCAGUGACAUUAUAUCUGUAUUUUAUUUUUUAUUCUGUAGUAAUAUCAUAUCAUCAUGAUAAGUAAGUCUUCAGACACAUAUAUGGAAUCAGUUAUGAAUGAAAUACAGGUAUCGAUCCAUUGUGUUUCAGUUAAUGAUAAAUGAAUAAUUGAUUCUUUCACAAAGUUUCACUUCGUUGCACAACUUCCAAGCAAGUUGGUUUUAUACAUUUUUGUCCUGUAGUCACGGACAAAUAAUUAUUUACCAAAGCAAUUAUUAUUAUUUAUUUUACACUGUCAAUUCAUAUCAUCUUUGAGUGUAUAUAAUGUAAAUAUUUAAGUACAGUUAGAACUGUGUAGUGAAAUAUUUAUUUGACUAUUCACUUUGUAUUUAUUUUGUUGCCUCUGCAGAAAUAUUAAUGAUAAAAACUAAAUUUUAUUCACUUUCAUCAGUCUAAAUUGCAAUGCAGUCUGUAGGGCAAAUAUAAAUUAAGAGGUAAAUGAUAAUAUUAGUGAUGAAUUCUUCUCGGGUUAUCAGUCGAGUGGUGGCAUCGUCUUGUCGGAACAUUUCGAUGAGUUUCGUACCAAUCAUUAGUGUUUACAAUGCUCACACUUGUAUUUAAUGGGUGACUGUAACUGUACAACAGCUACAAAGUUUCCAAUUGUUAGAAACUGUGUGCACAUAGUUGGUUCACUUCUAACACCAAGAAAAAAUAUUUCAAAAAGAGAUGCACUUAUUUUUGCCACUGAAUAAUCAUGUGUGCUGAUGAAUAUCCAGAACACUCUUAAAAUAAUAGAAAUAGGUUUCCCCUAUGCAAACAGGAAUGUAGGAACUACUGUGUCGACUCUUCUGAAAUUUUUUCCAAGUGUAAAAAUUUUUUCUGUUGCUAAACAAUUUGUUCUGAAGGAUCCUAAGUUAGCUGUGUGGCUCUAAGAGAAAAUUUAAUUCCGUUAUUAUAUCAAGACACAUUUUAAUGAAUGCAUUUAGGGUCUAUUAGUGUGAAGAAAAGGGACCAAUAAUAAAAUAAAGAUUGAAAUGCAUUUUUAAGUAGAAAAUGAAUAAAACAUUCUGUUGGACUGCAGUGUCAAGGAAUCUUUUUAAUUAAUAUGUAACAUACAAGAUUUUUAUUUCAAAACAUGUCAGAGUAAUGUUCUUGUGAUUUUGAAUGAGCUGAAUGGUGAUGUGAGCAGGGACACAGAAUAGUGAAACCAUUUUGUCUCUGGGGAUAUAGACAUUCAUAAAACCAGAAACUGAUGUAAGAUGUUAAAUUUUAGCAACACUGCUCAUAUUAUCAAGUUAUUUUAAUGGAUUUUGUGAACAUCCCCAACAUCAUCUCAGACUGUGCUGUCUGCAAAGAGCUGUAGAAUGGACACUAUUGAUGCACUUCAUCCCAUUCUCACACAAGGGAAUUAUUAUAGAAAAUUUUGCAUUAAUUUUCACUUUCUCAGAAGGAUAAUAAAUCAAACACAUGCAGUAUCUUUUCCUGUCAAAUUUCUGCAUCUAGUCACUGUUUUACUCAGUGCCUUAACAGAUGUAUUUUGGAAAGUUGAUGAUCCAAGUACAUCCAGUAUGAAAAGCAGCAUGUCAUGGGAUGGUGCACAAUUCAACUGUUCUAUAGUGAUACCAAUUAUGGACAACAGCAGCUGUCCAGGGGCAUGACUUUGAAUUAGUAUUUUAUGUUCUGUUAUAAAGGAAGUGGCUAGACAUGAAACCAUUUAAUGCAGGCAUGUGUGACAUACAUUACAAAAUGUGCAGGUGCUCAUUCACCAAUAUGUAGCAACUUUUUUGAUUUUUUGUGCAGAUGUUUCUAUUAGACUCCUGUAAAUUUCACCAGUAACAGUGAUUAGCACUGGCAAAGGAGAGUUAUUUAACAGAAACACACUAACUUUUGAUAAUGACUCCAGUGAAAAUUUUGAUGUGUCCUGUAAGGUAUGUUGGAAUGAAGACCUGGGAAAUUGUCAUACAGAUACCAUAAUUUUAAGGACGUGUACAACAUGCUAUUUUUCUGAAGAAAUAGAGUGACUUAUUACAGCAUCAAAUCAAGAGCUUGAUGGUCCCCAUUUGUCCUUGAAGGCUGUAUAUGUUACUUAAUCAUUUGUUAUAAAGAUGGUAAUCUCAACUAUAGUAACUCUAUUGAAAAUCAAAUAGUGCCACCAUUAGCUACUUUCAAGGCCUUUAUUAUUGCUAUCAGUUUCAGAUGUUACUAAUCAUCAUCAAAGCACAAGAGAUUUUUCAACUAGAGCAUCUUUUUGGAUAUGUACAUGACUUUCCAUCCCUACGUACACAAUAAAGGUUUCCAGAGCACUAACUACUCAAAAUAUAGAAAGUAUUUCUGAAAUAAUAUAGACUGGUGAACCACCUUCCAUUUUGUUCUGUUUCUCACAGAGAAGUGUGCCUUUUAAAAGUACGGUUGUCUUUUAAUAUCACACGUUACAUGAGUUCACCAUUGCCCUCUUUCUCUCCCUUACAAUCUCCACACUCUCACGCCAUUUCUUGCUCUCUCAUUUCCAUUCACCUACACUUGUUACUGAUAACAGUUUUGUUUUGUUAUUUAAAGAAAAUAAACUACAAAUGAGAAUAUCUAGAAGUAGAUUUAUUUUCUCUCUUUCUAAUAAAGCACUAUUAUUCCAAAUGAGGAUGAUCAAAACCAGCUCAUUUUAGAUGGUCAUGUUAUGAAGAGUGUUGUUGGCAAGCAUUUUAUAUCAACAGUUUUUAUUGGCACACUGGAUGUCUAUAAAACUUGAUGUUAAGACAAAACAAAUUCACAAUGUAAAUCUAACAGUAGCCCAUUUUAUUGUAUAAAAUUUAAUUAAUGAAUGUGACAUAUUUAUAACUUAUAGUCACAUCUUGAGUAAAAUGUGUGAGUACAUAAACAUGAUAUUUAAGAGUUAUUUAAAACUGAUAUAACAUUGAGAUAUUAUAUGCAAGUGACAACAAUUUGGCUUAUAAUUUGCAUAACAAUUCAUUUCAUGAAUGAGUAUGGGAAAAGUAUUAUGCAGUAACUAAUUUAAAGCUUUACAUUUGAGUCAAAAUAACAUAACUCUGGUUGUACGAUAGUUUGUUCUGUUGAAGAGGCAACAUUAAUUGUAACAAUAUGACUUGUGCAUUUAGAGCAUGGCAGAGUAAUUUUCUAUAAAAGUCAUUCACUGUAUUUAUUCACAAAUGUUGGAUGACCACUCAUGCAGACUUGUAUAGCUGCAUAUGAUUGGCUUCUUUUUUUCUUAUUCUUUAAGUGAGAUAAUGAAUGAUAUGAAUAACUUGUUGUGGGUGUUUCCAGGUGUUGAAUGUUACUGACAUGUAAUGAUUAUGUCUGUGACUUCAGCUGUGGCUGUAACUUCACUGUGCAUUCCACUUGUAGAAAAUAUUGUCAGAAAUUCAUCUGAAAUGAGAAAUAAAUUGAAUAAAAAAUAGGUAA